AUGGUCUCCGCUCCAUCGUCUGCAAUGUUCGCAGUGAAGCGCAACCUUGGUACUAUGUCGCCAGUCGAUGGCCAGAGAGGCGAGGUGGCUGGCGCAGGCGAACAGUCGUUUCGACGCCCGACCGACAAUUCAUCCUCAUCCAACACCACGCUGCUAUGGUCUAGUCGCGAGUACGUCCAUCUUCCUGAACACCAGCCAACCGCUUCUUCGUCCAUCGCGAGAUCUUCCCCUAUAAUGGCGCAAAACACUACUCCAUCAGUUACUCCGCUUUCGCCGCAGACCUUCGAGAACCUCCUUCAGCAAGUGCGCUAUGUCUCUCCCCAUCAGCGGCCUGCCGCAUCUACAGUCACGGGCCCCCAAGCCUCUCAGUCUCCCGUUGGCUUAUCUAGGGCACAAAGCAUUCAUCAUCCUCUCGCUGAGCAUCUGGAACGUGUCGCACUUCAUCGCGCUCAAGAGUUGGCCGCUGUCGGACAGCCCGCGACUAGCUCAUCGAUAGCCCGAAACGCUCAUGCACUCGCCGCGCGAGUGCGACUCUCCAGCCAGGCCCCCGCCCUUCCUGGGCUACAACCCCCUCGACCCCAUACCGACUCGUCUCCAUCUCUUCAGCAACCUCCCAAUGAGGCCGCUCGACAGUCCUGCCAGCAGGCGGCAGCCACACCGCAGAAUAUCAGACCCACGAUCCCCUGGUCAUGCCCUAAUAGUAAAAUGGUGGAAAUGGUCUUCAAUCACGAUUCUAGCUCACGCGGAGCAGGCGUCUUCUUGCGCACAAAGGCCGGGUUCGCCUACUAUAUGGUGCGCAAGAUGUUCGUGGAUAAGGGUGACAUAUUCCACGUCCCCGAACACCUAAAGACUGGGCUCAUAAUGCCUCGUGACCAGGUCGUUGAAACCUACCGGUACAUCUACGAAAGCUGGUUGGAAACGCAAUUCAGACGCUUCAAGCCUGAGUUCGAUGAAUACUACAUCAGGGGCGAAGAGGCUGAAAGCCGUUUCCGCAACUUGGUUGGUCGCAUAGGGGCCGCUCAAGAGGUGUUAGUUCGCACAAGAAACGCUGCAGAGGCAAAGAAAGCAUUGGAGGCUGAGCCGCCCAAGCUGCCACUCGACGUGCCCCGAAGAGUUCAGAUCACCCGGCCGCAGCUUCCUGACCUCAUCGCCGAAGUUGUCAAGCCCUAUGCUAAGCGGCGCCCCGGUAUUUGUAUUCACACCCGUCUUGAUAUACCUUUCAAGCCCUGUAUGCAAGCGCCCGCCGUUUUCUGUGUUCACAUCCGUGAUAUUGAGCAUCCGCUGGCCCCAGGCGAAGUGCACGCUCUUCCCCCCUGGGCAUAUUUCGCCCCCGAAGACCAGAACCCGCCGACGGAGCGUUCUACGCCUACGCUGUCCUUACUCUGGGUGCCACUUGAAUAUCACCCGUUGCCCCACGACGACAAUCUCACCGCUGAGCAAUACAAUGAGAUAUUCGAUAAGCUUUUCGACUACCCGGAAGACCGUCUACUAGCCCACGGGAAGCAGAAACGUACGGAGGACGUUGAGGAUGAUGGAGCAAGUGAGCGAUAUGACUCGAUGACUGAGGCAGCCAUGGAAUAAGUAGGGCACCAACGAGAAGGUAUCGUAGGGAUCUGGCGUCGGCGCUCAGGGUUGGUUAUACUCAUUCUUGUGCCCAUAGGCACGAUAAUAAAUAAUCCAUUGC